CCUUAUAUUGAUACCCAUUAUGGGUAUUUCAUCAAAUAAGUGGAUCGUUUUGAAUCAAGAACAUCAGAAGUUGGUAUCUUACAGAGCCUAAGCUUGAGGUUAUAGAGCAGAAAUUCAACUAAACCUUGUAAAACCUCCCAAGAAAAUGUUCAUAAUUUCUCAUAGACUGGUAUUAUGGGUUCUACUAUAUGUAUGUGGUGAAGUAUAGGACAUGAUUAAGGUCAAAACCAUUGCCAUGGUGGAUGUUCAUCAAGAAGGACCUGAGCUGCCCAUGACACUUAACAUGUCUGCUACUAAAAAAGAGCUAAACUCUGACGCCAUGAAGAGGAUUAGUGAAUGGAUUUUCUCCCAAGAGAUAGAGAGUGAUGUAACAGUUUCUGUAAGAGGUGUUUCCUUUUCUAUACACAAGUUUCCUUUAGUCUCCAAGUGUGGUUAUAUAAAGAAAUUGUUAUCAGACCCCAAACAUGCUGAUCUUUCUGUAGUCGAAAUCCCCGAUAUCCCAGGAGGGCCUGAAGGAUUUGAAAUUGCUGCAAAGUUCUGUUAUGAAACAAGUAUUGAAUUAUCUACAGAAAACAUUGCCUUAGCAAGAUGUGUGGCAGAGUUUCUUGAAAUGACAGAGGACUACGCAAUUGGAAACCUGGUAUCGAUAACUGAGGCCUAUUUAGAUGAAUUGGGGCUUAAAAACUUAUCUGGUGCAGUUUCCAUUCUGCAAUCAUCAGGAAAUCUUUUACCAAUAUCCGAAAAAGUAAAUUUGAUUGAUCGAUGUAUAGAUACUAUAGCGUUCAUGGUGACUGAGGAAAGUCAAGUUUCGUUAUUUGGCGGCACAGAUAGCACCAGGGAUGGUUUAGAUUCUUCCACAUCAUUAUCUCACCCAAAAUCUGUAGUUGAUUGGUGGGCUGAAGACUUGAUUGUUCUUAGAAUCGAUAUCUUCAAAAGGGUUCUUCUUGUAUUGGUUUCAAGAGGAUUCAAACAAUUUGCACUUGGACCGGUUCUAAUGCUUUACGCGCAAAAAUGUCUUCGAGGUUUGGAAAUCUAUGGAAAAUCCAAGAAAAAGAUAGAGCCACAACAAGAACACGAGAAGAGGGUUGUUUUAGAAACAAUAGUUGGCCUCUUGCCAAGGGAAAAGAAUGCCAUCUCGAUAAGCUUUCUUUCAAUGCUACUUCGAGCGGCCAAAUAUCUAGACACAACGGUGGCUUGCAAGCUAGAUUUAGAGAAAAGGAUCGGCUUACAGCUUUCACAGGCUGUUUUAGAUGAUAUCUUGAUUCCUUCUUUUUGCUUUGAUGGUGAUACCAUGUUUGAUGUUGAUACAGUGCAACAGAUCAUGAUGAAUUACGUUGAAAACAAUUGCGCAGAAUCGUAUGAUACAGAUUAUGUUUCUCCAGCGCAGAGUGAUUUGGAAAACGUUGGGAAGCUGAUGGAGAGCUUUCUUGCUAAGAUAGCUUCCGACCGUAACUUGAUGGCUUCAAAGUUUAUAAGUUUUGCCGAAUGUGUUCCGGAAGGAGCACGAGUAACAGAGGAUGGAAUGUAUAGAGCCAUUGAUAUUUACUUGAAGGCUCAUCCAGCUUUAAGUGACAUGGACCGAAAGAAAGUUUGCAGUUUGAUGGACUGUCAAAAGUUAUCCCGUGAAGCUCGUGCUCACGCAGCCCAAAAUGAGCGGCUUCCGGUUCAAACCGUAGUUCAAGUUCUUUACUACGAACAACGCCGCUUACGAGAAAUGGACGGUAGCCCGAUCAAUAAUGACUCCUCUGAUCAAGCAAACUCAUACGGUACCCCUAGUCCUAGAACUCAAAACUCGAUAUCAAUUGAAAUCUCGAGCUUAAAAAAAGAAAACCAAGAUCUCAAGUUUGAGCUUCUCAAGAUGAAAACACGAUUAAAAGAGAUCGAACGAUCGACUGCUAAUAAACCGAGGGCUAACGAUCCAAUCGGAACCACGACUACUGGUACUGCUGCUAAGCCACCAUUGCCUAAAAAGUCAUUGAUAAGCUCGGUAACGAAAAAGCUUGGGAAAAUUACACCAUUUCUACAUGCCGAUGGGUUUUUACCGUCUACAAGAGGCCGGAAUAAAGCCGGUAAAGAUCGAAGGCAUUCGGUAUCUUGAUAUAUAUGCAGGUUUUGAUGGUUGGCAGCAGGAUUGCUGGCUUUUGGCGACGGUAAUCAUGAAUUUCCAUUUGCAAAUGCUCGACGUCCAUAUAAUAAAAACAUUUGUACAUGAUAUACAUUAAUAUAGUUUUUUGGAUUUAAACGACUGCUAGUUAAA